UUUUACUACUGCUUGUGCUGUUUUCUAUGGUGCUGACACACCAAACGCAUACGGCACCGUACGGGGCAGCGAAGCGGCUGGUUUGCGUGCGUGUGGCGACGGUGAUGGCGUGCGGCGGUGUUGCGAUGCGAGGGCGCGGGUUGCCUGACAAUGCCUCCCAUCAACCCUGGGAGGUUGGAAUGCGACCGCCUCAAAACCAACACAACACAACCAAAGCAAGCAAGCGAGCUUGUGGAAGAAGUUUUCGCAUGCCUUCAACGCCUGGUGCGUGUUGUGCGUGAGAGACAAGAAGAGAAGAGUCGGAGAACAGGAGGAGAGUCGGAGAGCAAGAAAGCGAGUUUUCGACACUGCCCUUUGCUGCUUGCUUGUAUCUACCGAGUGCAGCACAUUUAGUGAUUCCGCUCACGCAUACGCACACAGAAAGGAUCGUACACGAUGAGGAUUGUCUUUCGGCUGCUUGCGCUCUGCGCGCUAUGCAGCGUCGCACACGCAGGGUACAACUCGUUCAACGUGUACCAGCCAGCGGUAUCAUAUGAACUGGAGACGGGCAAGGUGCACGGGGCCGUCGGUAACGUGUCAUUUCCCAUUAACAACGCAAAUCAAGAAGUCACCGUUGCUCUCAGGUUCCCCCGCAUCCCACUGCCGCCCAACGCACAUGUCACCAACUGUCGCCUCCUCUUUCCAACGGAGAUGUCUGGCAACGCGACAAACGAGACGACGGUGUGGAUCCAGACCACCACGCCGACAAACGCAACACUCCUCACAACUGCAGACAACGACAUCACAGGCAGAGCGCUGCUGCCUCAAGUGUCAGAAUGGUCCAUUGGCGAGUGGGAGGACUGGCAGACCGAACGCACAUCCCAGCUCUUCCAGCUGGUGCAAACAAUGGUGGACACGCCAUCGUGGGAGAAGGAGGAUCCAAUUGUGUUUGUGAUCCAAUUGCCGCCACCGCCAAGACCAACACCGCUCCCGCACACAUUUGUCAACGACGUCGGGCGAAGGCCGCACCUGCGCCUCGAAUACAUCAAGCUGCAAAACGACAUCCCUGGCUCAGGCAACAUGCACGUGUUUGUCCGCUUCACCAGCACCACCGAUGGCAUUGCUCUCAUCGUACUCUUCUUCAUCUUUGCUGGCGCCACGCUCGCUGUUGCCGGCUUCUCGCACGCCACCCGCCGCAGACGCCAAGAGAAGGCGAAGAUGACGUUCAAUUCCAAGAAGCAUCGUGCAUCACGCAUGUCCAUCUUCAGCUCGGGCCCCAACACCACUCCGAACCAUCCGCUGUUCGAGUGGGAGCUGCCGCCAUCGGCGCUCGUUGUGCGACAGGAGAUUGGACGGGGGCGUUACGGCCGCGUGUACGCCGGAACAGCACGCCACCUCAAGGACAGGGGCACCGUUGACGUUGCCAUCAAGGUGCUGAAUGCAACCGAGAACACGACCGAGCACGCCGACUUCUUCGAGGCCGCAUACACCAUGCACACGUUUGCAUUCCCAGAACACAUCAACGUGCUGAAGCUGUUUGGCGUCGUGACCAACACGCAUCCGUUUAUGAUCAUCACGGAACUGUGCGAGUGUGGAUCCUUCCAGGAAGUGUUGCUCAAAGCAAAGGCCGCAGACUCGCGCCCCAGUGCACAGACGCUGCUUCUCUCUGAGCGCAUCAAACUGCUGGCCGACAUUGCCCGUGGAAUGGCCUUCCUCUCAAACCAGGGUUUCGUGCACAGAUACCUCGCCGCAAAGAACUGCCUCGUGGAUGGCGACCUGAAUGCAAAGGUGGCCGGGUUUGAUUCGGCGCACUGGGUCGUCGGCAAGGCCGAAGGUACGUCGUGCUGUGGUGUUCUAUAG